GCGGACAUCAAGCGUGCGUUCAUGGCUCGGUUAAGAGGCUGCUGACGGUAUCCUUUUAGACCUCAGUAUCCUCGGAAAGACCGCGAAGUCUCAAGAGCGCCGUUGGACUCGAUUACGGCCCCCUUGUCGUCCUUCAAUCGACGAUAGACGAUCAUACGGAUAUGUCCUGAAUUGGUCGACUCGACUACGCGCCAAGCACCAAUGUAUGCUUCUCUGUAGCUUUUCCCUCCGAUAUGUAGAUGUACCGAAUACAUUUCUCAGCUCUCUUCGCAGACUUUCUAUCGCCCGGCUGAAGAUUGCGAACAGGCUGAACACAGAACAUCGGACCCUAUUUUGCCAUCUCCCUCGUCGCGACUGCAAAUUUAAUCAUGGCGCUUACUCUCCAAGAUGCAGACUCACAGCGCUCAAGAGAAGAUCGCUUAGAAUGAUUUCAAUCGCAGACAUCAACCGCAAAUGUCGCAGUGGCCGACAGUGCCAGCGAACACACAGAACUAUAGGCUCACACAGAGGCAGAGCAGCCCAUGAACAACAUCGUCAUAACGGUAAACAAGAUCGUGAAAGAGAAUCGAAACCAGGGCGGGAGGUAUCCAGCGGAAAGCAGUCGACAAACUCGUAGCGCUACAAUACAUAGAAACGCAAGAAGACCAGUAGAUAACUCGGGUAGAUCGUGAAAGGUAGACAGGUAGAUCGUAGAAGGCAGACAGGUAGAACGUAGAAGGCAGACAGA